GUGUUGUCGACCGGCGACACAAAUACGUACCUACUCGACGGGUCGAAGCGUGGCGACGAAGCAUGUACUAGGUCCUACUCGACCCGACUGCUGAAGUGCCCCAUCAAGAGACUUCAACAAUGGACCUGGUAGUACUUCUUCGUGCAGGUUACCUGGCUGCAGCAUUGGCGGUCGUUGUCGUUUCCGUCAUACCAGCUCUUCGCACUCGCUUCCUUGCAUACGGUCCUCGAGCGGCAUCCCCGUCAUCAUCCGUGCCCGCGAGUGUUGAGGAGGAGAAGCAGAGGCCAGGCAAGACCGCCACCAACAUUAUCGCUCAUCUUCUUGACCAUGUCGCAACUUGGCAGGUCUCGCAUUCCUGGUUUUCGAGCUUUUACUACCUUUCUGGUGGGCUGAGUAUUGCAUGGCUGAUCUCGUGGCUUGUAUUCCCUCGCUCCGGGGAUACUGCAUUCAUCAUGCAUCCGCGGAAAGGAUCCAUGUCCGUCCAACAAGUCGAAGUGGCAUGGCUCAUGAUGUUUGCACAAGGCAUGAGAAGAUUAUAUGAAUGCCGGUCGUUGCAGUCUGCAUCAAGCAGCACCAAGUCAAUCAUGUGGAUUGGCCACUGGCUCUUAGGCCUUCUCUUCUACACGGCCACGAGUAUGGCCAUCUGGAUCGAGGGCGUCCCAACAUUGCAAUCCCACACACUCACCAGGGCCGAUUUCUCUUUCCACGCCCCAUCUCUCCGUACAAUCCUCUCUGUACUCAUCUUUCUCCUCGCAUCCGGCUUCCAGCACGACUGCCAUGUCUAUCUUCACGAUCUAAAGAACUCGAAGGCGAAGGACGACAAGGGAUCGGCUCGUCAAUACAAACUCCCGGAACAUCCCGCAUUCCACUCACUCAUCGCUCCUCACUACACGGCCGAAUGCUUCAUCUACCUCUCUCUCGCCUUGGUUGCUGCACCGAAAGGUGCAUGGGUCAAUUGGACAUUGGCGAGCGCGGUGGUGUUUGUCGUGGCCAAUCUCGGCAUUACUGCACGGGACACGAGGCAAUGGUAUCACGAUAAGUUUGGGAUGAAGGCGGUGGAAGGUAAAUGGAUUCUAAUUCCGGGCAUCUACUAACAGUUGCGCUGGCCUACAAGAACACCUCAAUGUUCAAUUCCAGCGUGCUGGUGGGGAAGGGAAGCUCAAAUUUCUGCAACACCCUCGGAUG